AGAGGGGCGGAGAGCGGGCGAUCCGCGAGGGAGGAGCGGGCCGCGGGGAAGGGAAGCCCGGCGGGCCCCGCGCCGCCGCCGCCGCCUGCUGCACGUUGCUCUCCCGGGAGCGGCCGGAGGGCGCACGGCGGCCGCCAGCCGCAAUUCCCCGCAGCCUUCCGGGAGGAAGCGGCGAGGACGCCCGCGCUCGAGAGCACUCAGCUGCCGGUGCCCGGUCCGGGGCGGGUGUCUCCCGGGCGGGCCGACGGACUGGGGGAAGGAGUGCAGCUUGCGAAGCGCCCGGGACGCCGCCGCCGUCGGCGCCGCAGCCCAGCCGCCCGGGAGCGUCUGCGAGCCCGUGCGGGGCGCCGGCUGCGGGCUCCAUGGCGACCGUGCUCGGGGAGCCGGUCUACGGACUUUCGGAAGACCAGGGAGAGUCACGUAUUCUCAGAGUAAAGGUGGUUUCUGGAAUUGAUCUCGCCAAAAAGGACAUCUUUGGAGCCAGCGAUCCAUACGUGAAGCUUUCAUUGUACGUAGCAGAUGAAAAUAGAGAACUUGCUUUGGUCCAGACAAAAACAAUUAAAAAGACGCUGAACCCAAAAUGGAAUGAAGAAUUUUAUUUUAGAGUAAAUCCAUCUAAUCACAGACUCCUGUUUGAAGUAUUUGACGAAAACAGACUGACCAGAGACGACUUCCUGGGACAAGUGGACGUGCCCCUUAGUCAUCUACCGACAGAAGAUCCAACCAUGGAGCGACCUUAUACAUUUAAGGAUUUUCUCCUCAGACCGAGAAGUCACAAAUCUCGAGUUAAGGGAUUUUUGCGAUUGAAAAUGGCUUAUAUGCCGAAGAAUGGAGGUCAAGAUGAGGAGAACAGCGAGCAGAGAGAUGAUAUGGAGCAUGGGUGGGAAGUCGUUGACUCAAAUGACUCGGCCUCUCAGCACCAGGAGGAGCUUCCCCCUCCCCCUCUGCCCCCCGGGUGGGAAGAAAAAGUAGACAACUUGGGCCGCACUUACUAUGUCAACCACAACAACAGGACCACGCAGUGGCACCGGCCCAGCCUGAUGGAUGUUUCCUCGGAGUCUGACAAUAACAUCCGGCAGAUCAACCAGGAGGCAGCCCACCGCCGGUUCCGCUCCCGCCGACACAUCAGUGAGGACUUGGAGCCGGAGCCCACGGAAGGCGGGGAGGUCCCUGAGCCUUGGGAGACCAUCUCAGAAGAAGUGAAUCUCACUGGGGAAUCCCUCAGUCUGGCUCUUCCCCCACCGCCAUCCUCCCCAGUGUCUCGGACUAGUCCUCAGGAGCUGUCAGACGAGCUGAGCAGAAGACUUCAGAUCACUCCGGAUUCCAAUGGGGAACAAUUCAGUUCUUUGAUUCAGAGAGAGCCCCCGUCAAGGCUGCGGUCCUGCAGUGUCACCGACGCGGUCGCGGAGCAGGCCCAUCUUCCACCGCCCAGCACCCCAACUAGGAGAGCGCGUUCAUCAACUGUCACGGGUGGUGAGGAAUCAACGCCAUCAGUGGCCUACGUACAUACCACGCCGGGCCUCCCUUCAGGCUGGGAAGAAAGGAAAGAUGCUAAGGGACGUACAUACUAUGUCAAUCAUAACAAUCGAACUACAACUUGGACUCGACCUAUCAUGCAGCUUGCAGAAGAUGGUGCCUCUGGAUCAGCUGCAAACAGUAACAACCACCUAAUCGAGCCUCAGAUUCGCCGACCCCGUAGCCUCAGCUCGCCAACAGUAACUUUAUCUGCCCCACUGGAGGGUGCCAAGGAUUCACCCAUACGCCGGGCUGUGAAAGAUACCCUUUCCAAUCCACAGUCCCCACAGCCAUCACCUUACAACUCCCCCAAACCACAACACAAAGUCACACAGAGCUUCUUGCCACCCGGCUGGGAAAUGAGGAUAGCUCCAAAUGGCCGUCCCUUCUUCAUUGACCAUAACACAAAGACUACGACAUGGGAGGAUCCACGCCUGAAAUUUCCAGUGCAUAUGCGGUCAAAGGCAUCUUUAAACCCCAAUGACCUCGGCCCGCUCCCUCCUGGCUGGGAAGAAAGAAUCCACUUGGAUGGCCGAACAUUUUAUAUCGAUCAUAGCAGCCAGUUGUUAUGUGGUGAGAACGAUACCAGGCUAUCAGUGCCCUCAGACGACAGCAAAAUCACUCAAUGGGAAGAUCCAAGACUGCAGAACCCAGCUAUUACUGGUCCGGCCGUUCCUUAUUCCAGAGAAUUUAAGCAGAAAUAUGACUACUUUAGGAAGAAAUUAAAGAAACCUGCUGAUAUUCCAAAUAGAUUUGAAAUGAAACUUCACAGAAAUAACAUAUUUGAAGAGUCCUAUAGGAGAAUCAUGUCUGUGAAAAGACCAGAUGUCCUGAAAGCAAGAUUGUGGAUUGAAUUUGAAUCAGAGAAGGGUCUUGACUAUGGGGGCGUGGCCAGAGAAUGGUUCUUUUUACUGUCCAAGGAGAUGUUUAAUCCCUACUACGGGCUCUUUGAAUACUCCGCAACGGACAACUACACACUUCAAAUCAAUCCCAAUUCAGGCCUCUGUAAUGAAGAUCAUUUGUCCUAUUUCACUUUUAUCGGAAGAGUUGCUGGUUUGGCAGUAUUCCAUGGGAAACUCUUAGAUGGCUUCUUCAUUAGACCAUUUUACAAAAUGAUGUUGGGAAAGCAGAUAACUCUGAAUGACAUGGAGUCCGUGGACAGUGAAUAUUACAAUUCUUUGAAAUGGAUCUUGGAAAAUGAUCCCACAGAACUGGACCUCAUGUUCUGUAUCGAUGAAGAAAACUUUGGGCAGACAUACCAAGUGGAUCUGAAGCCCAAUGGUUCAGAAAUAAUGGUAACAAAUGAAAACAAAAGGGAAUAUAUUGACUUGGUCAUCCAGUGGAGAUUUGUGAAUAGGGUCCAGAAACAAAUGAACGCCUUCUUGGAGGGAUUCACAGAACUGCUUCCGAUUGAUUUGAUUAAAAUUUUUGAUGAAAAUGAACUGGAGCUGCUGAUGUGUGGCCUCGGUGACGUGGACGUGAACGACUGGAGACAACAUUCUAUUUACAAGAACGGCUACUGCCCAAAUCACCCCGUCAUUCAGUGGUUCUGGAAGGCCGUGCUCCUCAUGGACGCCGAGAAGCGCAUCCGGUUGCUGCAGUUUGUCACAGGGACGUCCCGGGUACCUAUGAAUGGAUUCGCUGAACUUUAUGGUUCCAAUGGUCCUCAGCUGUUUACAAUAGAGCAAUGGGGGAGUCCUGAAAAAUUGCCCAGAGCUCACACAUGCUUUAAUCGCCUCGACUUACCUCCUUACGAAACCUUUGAAGAUUUACGAGAGAAACUUCUCAUGGCUGUGGAGAAUGCUCAAGGAUUCGAAGGGGUGGAUUAAAUUCCCUCGGCCACGGGGGUAGUUGUUCGUCAAGCAAGUUCUGCUUGCUCCUCGGCAUUUAUCUGACAGACUUUUGCAGAGACCUUGGCAGAAAAGCAGGUGCUCGGCGUGGUUCCCGGAGCAGGGCCUCCUCCUGUGCACUUGCCCAAGUUCAGACCCGGGAACCUGGCCCCAGGGCACGUUCCUGCAUUUUCCACAACAGAUUAUCAACUGGUUGAUGUGUACACUAAUUACAUUUCAGGAGGACUUAUUCUAUUUAUGUUGUGCCUCUGUAGGCAAAGCCCUUAAUAAAUAUUUUGCAUACUUUCUAAUGACAAUGAAUGGAAUUAAUCACUCUACAGGUAUAGUAUUACAACUCAUGUUUACUUUUUACAAUGAUUUAGACCGAUUUUCAGAUUUUAUUUCAUUACGAUUAAAGAUGUCCCAUGAACUUGGAAAAGUGAGCAUAUAUAUAUAUUUUUUUUGUAUUUGACUUUCAUACUAGGCUUAAUGUCAGUGACAUUUUUAUUUUUAAGUACUUUGACACCCUCAUCCCCUACUUUAUUAGAAUUGGAAGGCUGAUUUUUGUCCAAAAACCUUCUACAGAUGAGUACUUUGAGAGGAUUUCAUAUCUAACAUUAGGUAUAAUGAUAUUUUUUCCAUACCCAGAGAGGAUGAGAACAAACUGGAUAUUACAUUCUUGUACAAAUUUAGCGUCAUAGCUCUAGGCUGAGAGAAUUGUAACACAGCAUGACAAAUUUUGUGUUAAGUUAAAAAAAAAAUCACACCAUUAUUCCUUAGAAGCAAUUCCAUGUGCUAUAACACAUCUAGACAGGGUUGGACUGUCUUUUCUCAUUAGAGAAAUUACUUAACCCUUCCUGAUACUGUACAGUAAUUCUUUUAUUAUAUUUUCCUCUUUGCUGUUUGUAGUAGAGACAUUUUGAAUGAAACUUGGCACUGCUUGAUUUGAAACUGUGGAAACCAGAUCUGUUUCAUGUCCUGUUUGUAUGCGUUUGUUCGUGGUAGCUAAAAAAAAAAAAGACAAUUUUUGUUCUAACUGCACCGAUUCUGAAGGCACUUUAUGUCCUACAUGGAGGUCAUAUCUGGUUUUGUUUUUGUUUUGUUUUUUAUCAUAAACAUUAAAUGUGAUGAUUCCUUCUCCCCGCACACAUCUUUCUGGUGCAAUAUCUGUCAAUUGUGAAUCUGGCUGCUGAUGAUAUAAAAACGCAGAUGUAAAGCUGAGCCUGCAGAUCUUUCCUCACCAAUUGUUUUGUAAUUUGUACUCAACUACAAAGAUUUAUUUAAUAGACACUUAAUCGAACCAAGUUUUGUUACUCGUUGCAUGCUUAAAUACUGCCUGAGUUGUAUCUAUAAUGUGCUAGAUUAAAAGCGAGAGAGAAGACACGAUUCAAUCCAAGGAAGUCGAGCUGGUGACCUGGUAGUGGCAUAGGAUUGAGGGUUUCUGUGCAGUUGGACCCUUUCCCACUUCGUGAGUCAUGUUACGGAAUUCUGUUGUGUUUGUAGAGAAGGCCCGAGGCAGUGGAGGAGCUCAGCCAUCCUGACAUCCUCGUGGCCUGGGUUUUCCUAAUCCCUGUCGCGGCAGUCAGGGGACAUGAGAGAUGUGAUGUCUUGCCAGUUGUGGAUUAACACAAAAAAUUCUUUUUUUAUGGGCAGCGUUUGUUGUGUAAGAAGGACUGUUUGGAGUAAGAAACUGCUCAUUUCCCCAGCUCCUCGUGGCUAGUGAGAAGCCAGUGAUGCUUGUGGUUGGUUAGAGGGGUGCAAAGGUCUGAGGUUCCUACUAGAAAGUGGGUUCUAAAGAGCAAAGUAGUGGUUCCCUUUUCAUAUUACUUUACAAACAUCCCACGGUAAUCAGAAAAACUUAAAAAUUAUGAACAACACUAUUUCUCGUUAUACUUACCUGUUGAUGGGAUUUUUUCCCUACAGUCAGUGUAACAAAUGACUCAGGGCCAAAUUCCCUUUUGGCAACCUACAGAAUCCAGGGUCAGUUUUCUUUGUAAGAAUUAUGCCAAAGCCUGAGCUGAAGUGUAUGCUUUGAUGGUUUUUGAGAGUGAUCAUAUAAUUAUAGGGGGAGAAAGCCAGUGAUUCUUAAGAACUGAGGUAGGGGGAGAUUCUGUCAUUUUGUAAAUUGUAUAUUCAAAAAAUCAGUAUAUCCACUAAAUGCAAAUUAGGCAAAGUAUUGAGAAUAUGAAGGCAAAAUCAAUCUGAAAAGAUACUUCUAAGUUAGGAACCUAUAAGAAUUAUCAAAACAUACCUUUAUGAAUACUUGAAAGGCAGAAAUUGUGAAUGACAAUUCAGCUGAUCUAUCCCUUAAUAAUAUCUGAUUUUAAUGACAACUAAAGAUUGCUGGGUUUGAGGGUCUUUUUUUUUUUUUUUUUUAAUGAAAAUCAGGUUCACUCCAUCUCAGCAAUUUCACUCUAUUCAAAAUAGAGAUCUUGGUUUGUUUGUUUUUUGCUAAAUCUUGAUGACCAUUUUCUCUUCCCUUCAGUAUGUAAUUACAGGUGGCAGUUAAAAAGAAAAAAAAAAAAAAAAGAAAAAGGUGGUGUGUGAAGAACAGAUUGCCUGGUUGGUCUUUGACCUCGCCCCACUCCGGUCAGCAGGCACCUGGCAGAAGGGCCAAGCAACCACUUCCCAGUUGCCCCAGCAGCCCAGGCUCUCUGCCAUCUUUAUAGCCUGUGUUUUCUUCAAGCCAUAGAAAUUACUUAAUCUUGUUUCCUCAGUUCCCUGCAGAAGAAACAGUUGUCAUGGGCUAUUUUACCAUGAGGUUAAGAAAUAGGUUCCAAAUAUACACAUUGCGUGCUGAUGCUCUUUUAACAUCAGUGAUGAUGGCUGCCUGUAGAUCAGGUUCUCUCUCUCUACCCUUUGUUGGCCUAAGGAUGAAUUUGGAAAUUCUGCUUGGUGGGAUUAGCUUCAGACAAUUUGCUGCUGUUCUCCCUGCUGUUUUCGGGAAUAGGAAAUGAUGAGGCACUGUCUGUUUUAAAGUUGUGUUCGGUUUCAGUGCUGUUUUUCUUUUUUAUCUGAAACAUUUACGGUGGUUUAUUUUUCUGUAGCAUGUCUUCUAACAAAUCACAAGAAUGUAAGAUAUUUAUUUGUUUUGUUUCUAAGGUCUUCUGUUAGCUGACAUCAGAUAGCCCUAAGGUCAGAUGGCAAAUGAUGUAAAACAACCUGACAUGAAUUAAUUCCUCCCAUUUAAGGACACAGUGACAGAUUCUGAAACGAUUUGCAAAAUAUUUAAACUACUUUCUGCUCAUUUUGUUAAAUAGACAACCUGUUCCAUGGUGGUUUGAUCUUGCCAGAUCCAAAUUGGCUAUCUUAUUGAAAGCCAAGUUCACAUGCAGCAAAUUACUAAUCAUUCUAGCAGUUGACUCUAGUAUUUUGCUUUGUCUUGUAUCUCACCUCUGAAAUUUUAAUAUCUGUAAAGAGAGCCUGGGUUAAUCAGUUCGUGAGCGCCUACCCACUGGGCUAGCUCUCCUCUUCCUUUGCCUCUCUCCUUCUUGUCCUGACUCUGCCCCCUCAAAUUGAGAGAGGAGGGGAGAUGCUGCCUGACAUCAUCUUCUGACUUGCCAGUACUGGGAGCUGCCUGUGCAGUGUCACCUCCUGACCUGCUCCCUUCCUGCCCCCCAGAAGUUCAUGCACUACCUCUCUCUCAUUCAGGCUUUGGGGUACAUCCUAAUAAGUCAUGUUAGAACUGCCAAUUUCAGGCCUGAGAUGUGUUUGAAAAAAAAAUCCUUAUAAACUCUUUGUACUUUAGAUUUUAAAACUGGGAAGAAAAUGUGAUAAACUUUGGACCACAUUUUUUAUUUAUAGAAGCCUUAAUGAAUAGUGUAUAUACAUUUGGCAUACUCACACCCCUAUCCAGUGUUUUUUUCAGUGCGUCAGAGAAAAUGCUGUAGCAUUAGGACGUGAGCUUGUAUAAUGUUUUAUAGGAAAAGGAUAGCUUUCUCUUUGGACGGAAUUUCCCAAGAAAACCUCCCAUUAGACAUCUGUCCUUCGUUACAGAUGUUACGCUCAAAGCAGUGCGUGUUUAAAGUGCAUGUCUUUUUGUCCUUUGGGUUUAUGUUUGUAAGAAGUAACAACAGGAACCUGAUAACUGCCAUCGGCUGCACACCUCUGGUGUACUGUGUUCUCAACUUUGCAUCUGCGCAUCAGAAGCUUUUUUUGUGCUUAUAACCAGAACCACGACCCGUGGCCCUGUGUCCACAGAUGUCUAUGUUCCUGUAUAAGCCAGUUUGCUCCUCUUACUCAGACUAAUUUCACCUAGAUUGUCACCGUUUCCUUCAUGUUCACUUUGAGUAACUUUGUUGUUCUUUUACUACAUAUGUAAUAUAUAUACACAUAUGCGUACCUAUGCUGUCCAAAUAUAUACAGAUAUAUUUGUAUAGCAUUUUUACACCUUUCCUGAGUUAUCUGGUUUCAAAGGGGAGUGAGAGUUUAGUCCCUGCUACAGUUUUCUCCAAAGCUAAGUCCUGAGAAUUCUGACCCUCGGAGCCUGAGAGAACCUCAAGAAGAUGAGGUUAAUUUGCUGUCCUUUCUUAAUUCGGGAUCUGUUAUCAAAUGAAACAUGAAAAAACAGUGACUUUUAAGGUGAAAAGAGUUUCAAGCAUUCCAAAUGAAUUCUCAGUGUUUCAUAGCUUUUUAUUAUAAAACCACCUCCUAAUAUGAAGCCAAGUACUAUUUGAUACAGUGGUUAAAAACCAAACUACCUUGAAAUUUUUUAAGACAAUUUAUGGACAAUGCUCAUUUUCACAAUCAGAACAGCUUUAAAAUAUGGUUAAAUUUGAUACAUGCAGGAAAAGUUUUAACAACAAAAAAUCCUUUUUGCUUUCCAUUUUUCUUGAGAGAUCUAAAGAGAAAUUGUAGAUUGUUUCCUGACAGCAAAAGAGUAAUGUGACAAAAUGAAGUUGUUGUAAUGAAGUGAUGCAACUUGUCAAAUAUUUAAUAAAGACUUAAGGAAGUUGGAACAUUUUCUAUA